UGUUUCCCCCCCCACACCCCCCUUGUUGAAUUGAAGCUAUUCUUCAAGACUCUUUUCACUUGCUUCGUCAGACCUGUUCCCCUGUUGAGCAGACUUAGCUCCUUCAGACUGCCUUCUGUACCCGACUAGAGACUAUCAGAGUUCACUGUUCAACUCAAGGGGCUUGUCAAGCCCGACUCUUGGACCUUUUAAAAGGAAGAAUACUGAGAAAGGGACUUCAGUAUGUUAUUUUAAAUGGGAUUGUCCUUUGGUUUUUGUGGGAUUGGAAGAGAAGGUAAGAGGGUAUUUGGCUGGUUUGGAUGGAGCACAGCGCUGAUUUUCCGGAGUUGACGACUGAGUGGAGUGCAGUUAUCCUUGUAGGUCUGUGACCCUCUUGUGGACUGCUUCCCCCGGAGCACGACCUUGGCUGAACGAAGCGCGGUGACGAUGGUGAUGAUGAUGGUGACGAUGGGGCUGCGGGGCUCGUUGCUCUUCCUCGGCCUGCUAACUGCCCAGGUGACCAGCAGCCUCGCCAGGACCGGCAAUGGCUACCCGCGCAUGAAGCUAUCAUACCAAGAGCUGCUGGCGUUCCAGGGGGUGAAGCGCUACGAAAUGGACCGGUCCUGCUGCUUUGACACCAUGCUGCUGGAUGAGGAGAGAGGGAGGCUCUUCGUAGGGGCCAAGAACUACCUGCUGUCUCUGAGCCUGGACAACAUCAGCAAGCAGCAGCACAUGAUUUACUGGCCAGCGCCCGUGGACUGGAGGGAGGAAUGCAACUGGGCAGGCAAAGACAUCAACACAGAAUGUGUGAAUUAUGUCAAAGUCCUGCACCACUACAAUCGGACGCACCUGUACGCCUGCGGGACAGGGGCUUUCCACCCCACCUGUGCCUUCGUGGAGGUGGGACAGAAGAUGGAGGACAGAGUGUUUCGGAUUGAUCCCAACAAGGUAGAGGACGGCAAGGGGAAGAGUCCCUACGAUCCCAAACACCAGGCUGCCUCAGUGCUCAUCGGGGAUGAACUGUACUCCGGAGUGGCCACUGAUCUGAUGGGACGGGAUUUCACCAUCUUCCGGAGUCUGGGACAGCGAAACUCCAUCCGCACUGAGCAGCACGACUCCCGCUGGCUCAACGAGCCGAAGUUUAACAGCGCGUUCUGGGUCCCGGAGAGUGAGAACCCCGACGAUGAUAAGAUUUUCUUCUUCUUCCGCGAGACGGCGGUCGAGGGGCAGGGCCUGGGCAAAUCAACCUACUCCCGGAUUGGACAGUUGUGCAGAAAUGAUGUGGGUGGGCAGCGCAGUCUGGUCAACAAGUGGACUAGUUUCCUGAAGACUCGGCUCAUCUGCUCGGUCCCAGGCAGUGACGGCAGCGACACAUACUUCGAUGAGCUCAGGGACGUAUUCCUGCUGCAGACCAGAGACAGGAAGAACCCGCUGGUCUACACCAUCUUCUCUACUUCCAGCAGCGUGUUCAAGGGCUCGGCCGUCUGUAUCUACACAAUGAACGACAUCCGCAGGGCUUUCCUGGGGCCCUUCGCACACAAGGAGGGGCCCAACUACCAGUGGGUGCCCUUCCAGGGCAAGGUGCCCUACCCUCGUCCCGGCAUGUGCCCCAGCAAGACGUUCGGGAGCUUCGAGUCGACGAAGCAGUUCCCCGACGACGUGAUACAGUUUGCGAGACACCACCCCCUCAUGUACAACCCCGUGUACCCGCUGAACCGGCGGCCCGUCUUCGUGCGCACCAACGCGGAGCACAGCUUCACCCAGAUUGCAGUGGACAGGGUGGCCGCCGCGGACGGGCAGUAUGACGUCAUGUUCAUCGGCACAGACGUGGGCUCUGUGCUGAAGGUGAUCUCCGUUCCCAAGGAGAGCUGGAAGAACAUGGAGGAGCUGCUUCUGGAGGAGCUGCAGGUGUUCAAGGACGCGUCUCCCAUCAUCAACAUGCAGAUCUCCUCAAAACGGCAACAGCUGUACGUGGGCUCGGAGACGGGGCUGGCCCAGGUGCCCCUCCAUCGCUGCAGUAGCUACGGGAAGGCGUGUGCGGAGUGCUGCCUGGCACGAGAUCCCUACUGUGCCUGGGACGGGAACUCCUGCACCCGCUACCUCCCCAACACAAAGCGGCGAUUCAGGCGUCAGGAUGUGAGAAACGGAGACCCCAACACACUGUGCUCAGGAGACCACCACAAGCACAGAGUCACUGAGAAGAAGCUGUAUGGGGUGGAGGGCAGUAGCACCUUCCUGGAGUGCAUCCCCAAAUCCCUGCAGGCCCAGGUGACCUGGACCUUCCAGAGCCGGCCGGACAGCCAUCGGGACGAGGUUCACCCGGAUGAGCGGAUCAUCAAGACGGACAGGGGUCUGCUGCUGAGGAGCGUGCAGAGGAAGGACGCAGGGGAGUACCAGUGCCACUCCAUGGAGCACGGCUUCACCCAGACCCUGCUGCGCAUCUCUCUGGAGAUGGUCCCCUCGGGCCACGCGGACGGGUACUCCCCCAAAGACCAGCUGGACUCCCGCGGCGCCUCCCUCUCCUCCAGCCAGAAGGACUGGUACCGCGACUUCAUGCAGCUGGUGGACCACCCCAACCUCAAGACGGUCGACCAGAUCUGCGAGCAGGUGUGGAAGCACAAGAACCGGCAGCCGAAGCUGCUUAAGCCUCCCAAGAAGCCAGCCCCUCCACCCCUGGGGGUCCACGUCAACCCCAGCAAGUGGAAACACCUGCAGGAGAUCCGAAAGGCACGGAACCGCAGGACCCACGAGACCCAGCGCCCAGAACGGGCCCCCAGGAGCGCUACCAUCUGGUGAUUGUCUGGUGAUGGGAGGGAGAGAGAAAGAGAGAGAAAUAGAACGAGAGACUGAGGAGGCAAGUAAUAGAAGAGGGAGGUCCGUGGAGGGAAAAGGGUGUAGCCCUCAAAGCUAUCCUUUUCGUUGCUUUUCAUUUCAAUUUUACCCCCUCCCCCACCACCCGCACCCCCAUAGAGGUGGGCAAUGGACUGCCCUUAAACCCACCACUGAUCAUUUAAGCCCAUUUAUAUCGAAAGGUUGCCACAACCAAAGCUCGGUAUUUCCACGUAGCCUCUGGUUCUGGCAACAAAAAAAAAACCUCAUGACGCAGUCUCCAACGCGAUCCUGUGUUAACUUCAUUGUUCUUCCAUUGGUCCUGCCAGUAAGAGAACUGGGAUUACCCAACUACUGAGGUGAUGCCAUGGCCCAUGAUGGAGCACAUGACACUAUCACGGAAAACAUGAAAUCACCCAUCUUGGGCACAAUGGUACUACAGUGUCUGUCCUGCACUUGAGACGCAUCGUUUUUGUCUGGGAACCACGUAGGAUUAUUCAUGUCACAAAACACGGGACUGCACACUCUUUAGACACCUCUCAUUGAAAGGUCAUGGAAGAAGCCGACAACUGGAAUGGAAAGGGGGAGAAUGGACUUUCCUUUAGAAACUAGAAGAUUGAAAAUGUAAUCUUUUCUUUUAGGUACUGUACUGUGUGUCCCUAAAACGGCAGCGAGUCGUUGAAUCCUUUUUUUUAUUUGUUGUUUUUUAACUAUUGCGCUCUUCGGCUUCCAGUUCUGGCUCAACCACUCCAGGCAAGCUUGACCACUAUGAGUCAUUCCAGUUCACAAAACCUCUUCAGCAAGAAACUUGGAGGACUGGCUUUAAGUACAGUACUGACAAAUGUAUUUGUUGUUGCUUCACUCUAUUGCUCCGCUUUGGGGAGAGCGAGGCUAGACUUCGUCCUUCACCUCGCCUUAACAUACAGCUGCUGUGAUGUUUGUUAUUGUCCAAUAUGUGACGCCAAGGAGUAGAUUAGUAUGCGCUUGUCUUUGUGCUCCAUGUACGGCAGUUAUUUUGGUUGGUUUGGUAAAGAUUUUGUAUUUAUGUCUAUACAGAGUGUGCAAAAAGAUUAAUUAAAACUCAAAAAAAUAAACUUUGGAUCAAAAAUAUUACAAACGGUAAGAUGUAUUCCUUUAAGUGGUAUUUAUGUAGCUUGUAAUAAAGUACCACAAAAGUACCUUCUAUGGCCAGAGAAUUGUGAGGGUCUGGAACCAACUCCCCAGUAAUGUUGUUGAAGCUGACACCCUGGGAUCCUUCAAGAAGCUGCUUGAUGAGAUUCUGGGAUCAAUAAGCUACUAACAACCAAACGAGCAAGAUGGGCCUAAUGGCCUCCUUUCGUUUGUAAACAUUCUUAUGUUCUUAUGUUCUUAUGUUCUUAUGUAAGUCAAGGAAAUACACUGGCCAUGCAUUACCAUGUGACAGACCAACGCUUGUUCCUAAUACUUGCUGCUUACGUUCAAGUUCUUGCUAACGAGGUUUCAAUGCAUCUGGACAGCUGCUGACAAGGUGCAAAGCAAUUUAACCGAAAAGGAGUUCAUGUUUUUUAUUUCAUGUUUUUAUUGAAUUACUUUGUAUUUUUGUAUUUAAUUUUUUGUAAAGGAGAGCUGAGCUGUUGUUUCUGUAUUCUGUUGAUAAAUGAAACCUGAACUCUUUUUCUGCUGUUGCUAUCACCGACGAAUGUAAAGACAAGAAGAAAAGACAUGACGCCUUAAAAUAUUUAAGUUAAGCAUUAAAGUUUUAUUUAAAAAAGUAAUAAUAAUAAAAGAAUAACAAACAACAAGUGGGCUAGACAAUGUGCUUUUAAAGAUGAGUAUCAAUUCGUCUGGGAGGUAAGAACGGGUCUUUGAACAGCGAUAUCUUCUGCUAUUUAAAAAUGAGUAAUACUGAAUUUCUCAAAGCUUUUUUGUAGUGUUACUGCAAUUUGAUUGCUGCAUUUUUUAAUAACCACUUGUAUUUAAGUAUAUAUUGUAGACGCAGUGUCUUCCAAAGAGCAUCCUGAAUAACAAAUGGAGACGCCUGCAUUCAAUUGUGCUGCUCUGUCAGGUUUCGUAGUGUCUUAGACUUACAUUGCCUGUACAGUAAAAUGAUACAAUUUCUCUGACGUCAUGCUUUGAUGUUCGACAUGAUCGCAUGUUACCUCAUUCUUAAUCACAUUCUCAACCUGUGGUGAUCGCACAUUAUUUAGGGUAUUUGUUAAGGAAUCCACAGUAGUCAAUUUGUCAUUUUUCUAACUGGCAGUCGAGUGAAAUCAGUUUGAACGCACGCUGAUCGCACACUCCGAACCAGAUUAUUCAGCAGAUAUCGUUGUUAGUCCCUUACACGUCGAAAGAGUGCCACACCCCUGCCCUCUUUGUGGGCAAUAUUCCUUCUUCACUGAGGUGGUUGUGUAUCACUGACAUGCAUUGCAAGCUCUGCCCAGACAUCAAUAAACAACAGAUAUUAAUCUACUGUUAUUAAAAGAAAACGCAGUUAGGCAAAUGUCUUUAGAUGUUACAACAUCAUUUCAAAACGUUUGUCUAAAUGCAUUACUAAAUUGGGUUUUUAAGAUUUUCUUGUUCUACUCUAUAUAUAUAUAUAUAUAUAUAUAUAUAUAUAUAUAUAUAUAUAUAUAUAUAUAUAUAUAUAUAUAUAUAUAUAUAUAUAUAGUAUCUCCUAUGAUUGAGUGCUAUAAACAGAAGGUACUUUUUUAUUUAAGUAAUAACCCCCCUCAGUUUGUUUGCUCUUCAGUGCUUGUAAAGCGUUGCUGGUGUAUGUUUAUGAAUAUAUUGCUUGGAAUGGGUGAGCAAGCAUGUCUCAGAUUAAAAGGUCAGAAUUCACUGUGGCGCACAAUACAGAACGAGUUCCUGUGGAGAAAUCUUUCAGCUCAAACGUAUUAAAUUAACACAAUAAAAUAAAGUUACUUACUUUGCACUGCUCUUAGUUUGGAAA